AGCUCCCGGUUUGUGCCCGAGCUCAUGCUCCGGGUACCACCCACAUCUCGGGACUACUAUUGCUGGCCAAUCCGCGGGCACGAACGCAGGCGGCCCGCCCUUCCCUUAUUUACAUUCCAUGGAACAACUUCAGUUUUGUUUCUUCCGCUCCAGUCCCUUCUCCCGGAAGUUAUUAUACCUGAGGCGGAACCGGAAGCCUCUUCCAGGAGCCGGUGCCACGUCCGUCGCUGUGCUGCGGUGUCCCAGAGUGGGGCUCUGGAGGGCGAGAUGGCUGAUUGGACUCGCGCACCGAGCUCUGGUGCUGUGGAGGAGAUUCUAGACCGAGAGAACAAGCGGAUGGCUGAUAGCCUGGCCUCCAAGGUUACCAGGCUCAAAUCGCUGGCCUUGGACAUCGAUAGGGACACAGAAGACCAGAACCGAUACCUAGAUGGCAUGGACUCAGACUUCACGAGUGUGACUGGCCUACUCACAGGGAGUGUGAAGCGUUUUUCCACAAUGGCACGGUCUGGGCGAGACAACCGGAAGCUUCUGUGUGGUAUGGCCAUGGUCUUAAUUGUGGCCUUCUUCAUCCUCUAUCACCUCUUAUCGAGGACAAGGACGUGAGCCAAUGGGAGCCAAGGGCAGCCAGGCUCUCCUACACCUGGUAUCCUGGUUUCCUGAGGACCUGAUUACAAAAUAGAUUCCUUUGAAAUUAUCAUCAUGGGUCAUUCAUCUUCCUAAGAUGGGACAACUGCAGCUGCCUCUGUCAUAAUGAGCUCAUGUCCUGUGUAUGAAGGAGGAAGAAAAAGGCAAAACCCAACCCUUCUCCCUGGUGCUGGAGACACUGUUAGAGCCAGAGCCAGAGCCAGAGCCAGAGCCAGACUGUAUGAGAAUGAACCAGAUCUAAGCAAAGCAUCCAUGAGUUCUGAAUUUGCCUACUGUGGCCGACAGCCUCAGAAGCCAGCAUUUUAAGGAUCUUCUGUCUUGCCCUAACUUGUCUAUGCCUAGUUAAGACUAUCUGUGUUCUUGAGGAGUCUGGAGCUGACACCAAAAGGGGAUAGGGCCAUAAACCUUCUUCAAAUGCUGGUCAUCAGGAUGAAUAUGUCAGUAACUCCAGGCUGAGGCUGCUGAUCAGGAAUGGACCUGUGCAGGCCAAGAGUCAAGGCGAUACCCACCAGUCACCGGCUGAAGUCAGAGCCCAGGGAAGAGGCAAAGCUAUGGAUUGAGAAGUAGACUGCAGCCCUUGUUAUCAGCAUUGGACUAAGAUCCUUCUGGGCCGUAAGACCAUGUGUCUAGGAGCUGAAAUAUGUUCCUUGGGAUUGGUAAUCUUCUCACUGCCAAAGAUGUAUCCAUCCCCAGGCAAACAGGCUGAGAAAUGGUAUGGUGUGGCUUUUCAAAGCCAGGUGGUACUGGAGUGGUCUUUCUGCUAGGGGUCCUUACGGGGCAGAAAGCCACCUAUGAAAGAAUUUAUAGUAGGAACUUUUGACCUUGUUCUGAACCUUGCCCUACUCUGUGCAGCCAGUCUCCCAUGCUGUGGAGGAGCUUGAGCCACCUUCUUGUUGCAUAAUUAACUCCACAGACUUGUGUCUCCCUGCUCUCCCGAUCCUCCCUUCCUCCUUGGCCAGUCCCAUUUGUACACAAACUGACCAGUGGAGCUGACGGGGCCAACAGUUUCUGAGAGCCCAGCACUUUUUGUUUUCACAUAAAAUGUCUAAGAAAUGAACCUUGAAGUUCUGUGCCCUUCUCAUGUCUGUGUCCUCCUUCUCUCUCUCUCUCUCUCUCUCUCUCUCUCUUUCUCUCUCUCUCUCUCCUUUCUCCCUCCCUCCCUGGACUGGCUCACUGCCCACCCAUGUGGCCAUACUAUGAGGUCUGUCUGUCCAGAACCACACUACCUCCGAGUUCCAGGUUAAGCCAGAGUCUGUCAUAGCCUGGCCUCUUGCCUGUAGCAAUGCCUUGCCGUUGAUGUGCUAGGCACCUUCCCUUCUUCCCUUACGGAGCAGCCUUUCUUUGCACACAUUGACUUUAGGUUUAUUUGGCCCUUCCAUUGCGUCUGCCUGAGCCCUAAACCUGUAGGAGAAGGGCCCAUCCUGGCCUAUCCUUUGUUUUGGCUACUUCCCCCACUAGGUGCAGAUCACUCCACACUGUUGCUCUGUAGCUUUGCUGUUUGCCUCCUCACACUUCCAGCUGGGCUCAUCUAGCUUGUGCCUCAUUCAUAGGCCUCCCAUUGCAGGCACUCCAUUUGUCUGUGUCUCCAGUGUCCGUGGGCCCUCUGCUUGUCACCAAGCAUGGUAAUAACUGCCUGCAUUCUUCUUCCAUCUGGACCCACAGCAGGCAUGUUCAUGUUCCAGUUUUGUCUUCCUGGAACCACGUGCAGCUGACUUCUACUCUCUGGGCAUGUUGGAAAACCCUAGGUAUUUUGUUUUUGUAAGAUAGUGGCUUGCUGUGCAUCCCAGGCUGCUCUUAAACUAUGUAGCCUAGGCUGGUCUUCAACCCAUGAUCCUCUGGCCUUAGAAUGAUGGCAUUACGGACAUGUGCAUUCAAUCCUGGCUUCCUGAGACACCAGGGACAUCCAGCAACCCGCUCAUCUUGCUGGUGCAAACUAAGUAAAUAUUUGCAUUUGGGGGUAACUUCCUCUGGAGUAGUGUCCUUGCCAUCCAUCUGUGAGAUACACCCCCCUCCCCAACAUGACUAGUUUUGUCUUCAGGUCUCCACCCUGCUCCACCUAUCUCCAUGGCCGUUUGAGGUUCUCCAGAUACUCUGAGCAUCAGGGUUGUAGCACUUGUGACAUUUAACUGUUGUUCUUGCAUCAAUCAUGUGAAGGGGGAUACCAACGCCACAGCCACUGGGUCAGACCAACUUCCUGAAGGUUGUAACCAUGUCCUCCAACUCAGGCCUGUACACCUGUUGUUUCCCCUAAUGUGUGGGUGGGUCCUCAACAGCACAAGUCACAAGAAACUUUUGGUGCCCAGUGUGAGGGGCUGUGUGUAUGAACUACCAGGUCCAUCCUACAGUUCAAGGCCUCUUGCUAAUAAAAUCUUGGACACAGUG